GAGCUGCCCGACGAUGCAAACGGCCCUGGUGUGCCUCUGCCUGCUCAGCACAGCCUUCGCCCUGCCUGUGCCCCCCCUGCUGCCUGGGACAGCUGCUGGCAACUGUGUGGGACAGCACAGGAUCCUGCUGAAAGGCUGCAAUGCCAAGCAUGGCUUCUAUGUUUUCAAGUACAUCUACUCCUUCUCCACGCGGAGGAACCAGACCCACAUAAAGGUGAGGGGGUGGCCGGGGAGGGGGGCUGGGGGGAGGCACAGCCCCCAGGCUGCCUCUGACCUCUCCCUUGUGUGUCCUGGCCAGAAGGAAGAGGCUGGCAGCCGGGAUGCCCUCCCAGGCCGUGGGCUGGGUGUGGACGGUGCCAGGCAGGGGCCGACAGAGGAGGGAGCAGCCCCGGGGCAAGAUGGCAGCACUGAAGUGAUGGAGAAGGGCACUGGCCUCAAGCCCCAAAACCACAGCAGCCCAGGGGUUGGUGGAGCUCCUCACAGCCCUCGGCCUGGCACCAUCCUGCAGGCACAGGGCGCUGCUGGCACCACGGGUCCCAGCUCGGAGGGCAGCGGCGACCAGAACCUGGUGGUUGAAGAGGAUGGAUCCGUCCUGCCCCAGGGCAGAGGCCCUGCUGAGGCUGUGGUGGGGAACAGGUCCAGCACCAGGAGCGAGGACAGAGACCGCGGUGCCUCCGGGGAGCUUCCCGGGGAGGGGGCCACGACGGCUGGGAAGGAGAGACCCUACCCCACCAGAGGGGCUGGGGACGAGGGCAGCGGUGAGGCCACGGCCCCUGGCCGAGGGCAGGAGGCUGCUGUGCAGGGCGCAAGGGCAGGGGGUGCCAAGCUGCCUUCUGUCACCGAGAAGGUGGAGGCUGUGCAGGUGGAGGGGGAGGGGGAGGGGCAGUACGCUUACAUCCCCAUCUCGGGCGGCGUCACCAUCAGCCGCGGCAAGGCGGGCAGGACCAGCUUCACCCAGUUCCCUCCAGCCGAGGACGAUGAUGAAGUCAACAUCCUCAUUGGGAAGGCCAACAUCCGUGCGGGCGAGCAGGAAAGCACCCAGCCUGGGGCCGCUCUCGGCAGCAAGGAGGAGGGCGGCAGCCGCCCCCUGCCCGGGCUGGCCGUCAGUGCAGCACCAGAGCAGGAGCGUGAGGCUGGCACCCCUGGCACCGCAGCCAGCCUGAGACACGGACACAGAGUCCCCAGCAGCCCCGGGCACAGAGUCCCCAGCAGCCCCGGGCACGGCCAUUCCACAGCGGGCACCGAGGAUGCUGCCAGCCCUGCCGGUGAGGAGGAAGGACCAGCGGCCCCCAGCCCCUGGAGCCUGCCUGCUGGCCAGGUCACUGUGCCCGUGGGGAGUGGCAAGCCUGGGGAUGGUGAUGAUGAGGCUGGAGGCGAGGGGCAGGGAGUCAAGGGGAGGCUGGGUGGCCUGGCUGUCACCAUGCCCCGUCAGAGGGGUGACGACGAGACCCCUGCCACCGUCCCGGCCAAGGUGGGCAGCAUCCACCCCAGCACCACCGCAGCUGACCCCCAGGCGACUGAGGAGGACUGCACCACCUCCCUGGGCACGGCCGGGGGUACCGGCGGCACCACCAACCCAGCGAUGCCACGGAGCACCGUGGCGGGGAGCAGGGGGAGCGGGGAGGUGAGGUUGGCUACCCCCAAACCCCGCAGGGAGGGCUGGCCCGGGGCAGGGCUGAAGGGCCCAGUGCAGGGCGUGGGGCUGGGCACCACCCCCAGGGCAGGCAAGGUACCCAGCAGAGCCCAGGCGAGGGCUGGCGGCAGUGCCGGCGGCAGUGCCACCGAGGCGGGGAGCAGCUCCCUUCCGAGGGCAGGGCAAGCAGGGGGCAGUGCCACCGAGAAGGGGGGCAGCUCUCUCCCACGGGCAGGGCAAGCAGGGGGCAGUGCCACCGAGAAGGGAGGCAGCUCCCUUCCGAGGGCAGGGCAAGCCGGGGGCAGUGCCACCGAGGCGGGGGGCAGCUCUCUCCCACAGGCAGGGCAAGCAGGGGGCAGUGCCACCGAGAAGGGGAGCAGCUCCCUUCCGAGGGCAGGGCAAGCCGGGAGCAGCACCACCGAGGCAGGGGGCAGCUCUCUCCCACAGGCAGGGCAAGCCGGGAGCAGCACCACCGAGGCAGGGGGCAGCUCUCUCCCACGGGCAGGGCAAGCAGGGGGCAGUGCCACCGAGAAGGGAGGCAGCUCUCUCCCACGGGCAGGGCAAGCAGGGGGCAGUGCCACCGAGGCGGGGGGCAGCUCUCUCCCACAGGCAGGGCAAGCAGGGGGCAGUGCCACCGAGAAGGGGGGCAGCUCUCUCCCACAGGCAGGGCAAGCAGGGGGCAGUGCCACCGAGAAGGGGAGCAGCUCCCUUCCGAGGGCAGGGCAAGCCGGGGGCAGUGCCACCGAAGCAGGGGGCAGCUCUCUCCCACAGGCAGGGCAAGCCGGGGGCAGUGCCACCGAGAAGGGGAGCAGCUCCCUUCCGAGGGCAGGGCAAGCAGGGGGCAGUGCCACCGAGAAGGGGAGCAGCUCCCUUCCGAGGGCAGGGCAAGCAGGGGGCAGUGCCACCGAGGCGGGGGGCAGCUCUCUCCCACAGGCAGGGCAAGCCGGGGGCAGUGCCACCGAGGCGGGGGGCAGCUCUCUCCCACAGGCAGGGCAAGCAGGGGGCAGUGCCACCGAGAAGGGGGGCAGCUCUCUCCCACAGGCAGGGCAAGCCGGGGGCAGUGCCACCGAGAAGGGGGGCAGCUCUCUCCCACGGGCAGGGCAAGCAGGGGGCAGCGCGGCAGCGGGCAAAGGGCAGGAGCGAGGGCAAGGCGGCGAGGCCAGGGGGGCAGCAGCGGGGGCCGGGGCCGGGAGCCUGCCCGGGCGCCACGGCAGGAAGCAGGGGACAGGGGCUCCGGGCAGCUUCUCGGCGCCGAGCCGCAACAGGCAUCUGGAGCACCUGAGGAGGGCUGCCGAGCUGCACGUCCGCCAGCGGGCAUUCUACAGCAUGGGCACCGACGAGGCGGGCCCCCACGCCCCCCACAGCAGCCUGGCCAGCGCCGACAGCAGCCGCUCCUCCGAGGGCGAUCCGGGCAGCCGCAGCGACAGCCAGCAGGCAGAGCAGCAGCCCUCGGCCUGGGGAGCCCCUGCGGACCCCUACGGCCGCUGGAUCCAGGGGAGCCUCUGAAGGGCUGCCAGCCACCACCCCCGGAGCUGGUUCUAGUGGUGGAGCCGAAGGGGGAAGCAACCCGCAGGGCAUCACCCCCCGCGCCCCCACCCCAGCGACCCUGCCGCUGGCACUGCUCUUGCCUGGGGGAGAGCUGCUGUGCCUGCUGCUGCUGGGGUGGGGGGGAUGCACGAUGCUUGGCAGCCCGGGAGCCAAAGAUCACCGGUGCCAAGGGUGCCACCGGUGCCACUGUUUGCUGUCAACCGGAGGAGGGCUGCGGCCAUCGCUGCAGCGGCAGCAGCGGCCCCCGGGGGCGGCUGCGCUCCGCGGGCAGGCAGCAGCCGUGGGCAGGGUCGCGUUGCUCCUGCCCUGCCGUGGAGGCGGCGCUGGGGAGAAGCCUCUGUCCCUCCCCCCACCUUUGUCCCAGCCUGAUGGAGCAAUAAAGGCAUUCCUG